AGUAGUUCCCCAUUCCAUUUUCUUUUACUGAGUGACAGGAGAAUAAUUCUGGGAGUGAAGCGCCCAGGUAACCAGACCAUGGCGGCCACUGGAAGGAAGGAUGUUGAACCAAUAUAUCCAGGAAUUAGAGCAGGACCCUUUUGAUGGAGAAGAGUUUGUGGAGCGGCUGGCAUGGCGGGUCAACGCCAGCAUGUCGGCGCCGGGCUCGUCAGACUCUGUCUUCGAUCCAGACCUGCUGCACGAGGCCUUCACACAGGCCAUCAAAGAUCUGCAGAUCCUGGAUGACAGGACAGCUAAGAAAUGUGAGCGCAUGGAGGUAGCAGUGAGGGAGGAGGAGGUGCGCUACUGGCACAACAUUGCCCAGCUACUGGAACACAAUAAGGAAGCCUUCCAGAGUUUCCAGGACCUAGACAGCCACAUCAACAGUGUGGCCACUAAGGUGGUGCACCUCGGGGACCAGCUGGAAAGCGUCAACACCCCUCGGUCUCGGGCGGUGGAGGCCCAGCGCCUCAUGGACCACUUCAGGGCGUUCCUCCUUUCAGGCCCAUUGGUGUCUGAGGUCUUCACUGACAAGUCCAAGAUUUAUGAAGCAGCAGAUGUGAUCCAAAAGCUUCACCUUAUUGCUCAGGAGCUUCCCUCGGGCAAAUUUGAGACUGCCAAGAAAAAGAUAGCAGAGAAGUAUGAUGAAAUAGAGUGUUCCCUCAUUAUGGAGUUUGUAAAGGCACACCGGGCAGGAGAUAAGGACCGCAUGAAGGAGAUUGCCUCCACACUGUCCCACUUCAAGGGCUACUCACAGUGCAUUGAUGCAUUCAUUGAGGAGGCACAGCAUGGGUCACUGCGGUCACAGGAUAUGUACCAUGAGGUGGUGCCCCUGUGCCGGAGGUCAGAGGUGCUCAUCAAGGAGGUGUUCACUAAUCCAGACCAGGUGAUGGGCAAGUUUGUGCUGAAUAUCUUCCAAGGACAGCUUCAGGAAUACAUACAGAUGAAAUUAGAAAAUAAGACUCAGCUUGAGCUGUACCUGAAGAACCUACAUGAGUUGUACUGCCAGACUGUCAAGCUGUGCACAGACCUCCAGACCUUCAACCUGGGCAAUGACUCCCAGUUUCUCUCCAAGCUCACCAAGUCAAUAUUCCAGCGACACCUAAACUCUUACAUCAGCAUAGAAACCAGAUUCCUGAAAGAAAAGUUUGGCUUGAUUCUGAGUCGCUAUUAUGAAAACAAAGGUCAUCAGAAGAAGAACAUACAGUCUGGUGUCGGCAGCAUCAAUGACAUCCGACGCAACAUCCAGGAUGUGAUUGGCACCAAGGCAAACAUCAACAUUGGACCGGCAGUGGAAAACUACGGUGGGGAGACCUUUCUGUCUGAGGAGGUGGCAAUCUCCCUCUUGCAGGAGACUAAGCAGGCCUUCAAGAGGUGCCAGAUGCUCUCCUCUCAGUCUGAUGUUCACAAUAAUGCUGUCCAGAUAUUUGAUCUCCUAGCAAAGGCUCUUUUGAAUGAGCAUGUUGAUUAUGCCAUUGAGCUGGGGCUGCAGGUCAUUCCCGGUGGUGAGGUGCGCACUCCUCCAGAGGUGAGCUUCUUUGAGGUGGUGCACCAGAGCAGCUCCAUGAUGAAUCUCCUGGACAAGCUGUUUAGCGACACCCUUGUGCCGCUGGUGAUUUCCACUCCCAAACAUGGGGACUGUCUGCAGAAAAAGAAGCAGCUGGGCAGCACACUGGAGCAGAAGCUGGACCUUGGCCUGGACCGCACCUUGUCAGCAAUAGUGAGCUAUGUGAGGCACGUCCUCACUGUGGAGCAGAAAAGGACAGACUUUAAGCCAGAAGAUGAUGACAUGCUGAUCACCAAUGUUACUGUGGCUUGCCAGCGUGUGGUACGCUACAUCAACCUGGUGGUGGAGCGUAUCCGAGACUCCCUGGAUGGCCACAACCUGGAGAGUGUGCUGCUGGAGCUGGGCCUCAGGUUCCAUCGCACCAUCUUUGACCACCUCAUGAAGUUUGAAUACAGUGCCACAGGAGCAAUGGCUGUGAUCUGUGAUGUAAAUGAGUACAGGAAGUGUGUGGCAAACUUCAAGAUACCUCAGGUCAACUCCCUGUUUGAUACACUCCACACGCUGUGCAAGCUGCUGCAGGUGACCUCAAAGAAUCUGAAGAUGGUUUGCUCUGGAGAUCAGUUGAGUGGCUUGGACCGGAACAUUCUGACGAACUUCAUUCAGCUUCGUGCCGAUUACAAGACUGCCAAACUUGGAAACCAACUGAAAUGAGAUAAUUAGUGGGCGAGACUUAACGAUGAAAUAUAUUUAUUAUAUUUUAUUUAUUUAAGUGGCAGAAUUUUGCAUUUACACAAUACACGAAUUUUGCAAAUUUCUCUCAAGUUUUCUUGAAACCCUGUGAGUAUAUUCAAUUCAACAACCAAGAUAUAUGGACAUUACAGUACCUUACAGAUGCACACUGGGGUCCCCUCAUGUUUUUAUGAACCCUGCACCACAGUAGGGUGUACUGGACUGCAAAAUGUGCCUCAAUCUUUGUGUAUGGAUGGAUGGGAAUGGCCUGCAAAUAGAAGUUUUACUGUUAGUCAAAGUGCCUGUGUAGGCCAGCAAAGGUUAUCAAUGUGUAACAUGAAUGGUCAAGAUCCUGUACAUGCCACCAUAGAGAACCAACUCGGUAUCAAAUCUCAGUUGAGCAACUGACUGGAGAUGCUUUGAUACCAACCUAGACAAUCUCACUAUUUAUCUCUCUUCCCAUGACACCUUGUUCAAACUUUAUUGUCAAUGCUUCUUACCUCAACACAUGACAUUCUUUCUAGUAUAAUGCUCCUUAUAUGCAAAACUAAUAAUAACUUGUUACUUAAAAGCCUGAAACAAAAGUUUUGAAAGUUAAGGUUAAUCUACAUCUUAUUGCUGAUUCACUAAACUCACUCUGUAUGAAUGUGAGUGAUCUGGCAUCAUGCAUGAAGUAUAUUCUAGGAUGCUCUACAAACACACUCACUGUUGCAAUUUCUUAUGAGUGCAAAUAAUAUUGCUGCAGCAUUGAUAAGAAGUAGUGAUGCCUUCAAUUAGUCAUUAUAAAUGGUGCUCAUGUUUACCUGGAUCAGUAUAACAAUUUUACUGGUAGUGAGUAUUGAAAAGUUUGGUGCAUUGCUGACAAACUCAUUAUCUUUUAAAAGGUUCAUGCUUCAGAAGUGAGCAGUGAAAACAUCAGGAAAUAAAUGUCACAAAUUUGAAUAAUAAAAAUGCAUUUAGGUAUAUCAUAAUUAUUCCAAUCUGAUGAAAUCCAAAAAUGCUAUAUAAUGAGAAGUUCUAACAUUCACACAGAUGUUGAAACCUUUCUUUACUCAACUGUGAUGUGUAUAGCUAUAUUUUCAGUCAAUAUAAGUUGAUACAGUG